AUGCUUUUUUCCAACGCCUUGGAGCCAGUCACCGACACGGCCCUGCUCCUCUGCACCGCUGUCGAAUCCGUGUGUGCACCGUUUAUCCUAUACCUGGCCUUAUUUCACUCCAAGCAGAUGACCCGUUAUCGGUUUUUGAUCAUCAACAAUGUGGUCUGGAGCUGUUUGUACAACUGGGCGGUGUGCCUGGUGAAGCCGGCGUUCAUGUUUCCGGCGAUGUGCUUCAUCCUGGACUCGCCGUUGGUCCACCGAUCAUUCUGGACCAAGGUGGCGACCAUCCUAACCAUGGGGUUCUUCAUUAAUAUUGAAUGCUCUGUGUUCUGGUGCCUUAUGUAUCGAUACUGCAUAGUAAGCAUUUUAUAGUGCGGAUGAGUUUUCGCGCUGCAAAUUGUGAAUGCCAUGCGUAGGAGGGAUGUUGCAUACAGUCACAUUAUGCUAGACUGUACAGUGAGGGACCUCAUGCAGUGGCAAAAAACGUACCAUUUUGCAUCCGGGAAGUAUCAAGAAUGUGGCAAAAUGCCUCCCUCUCCAACUAAAAAAAUCUGCGUUUUGAACCGCGCGCCGUUUCCCUCACAAAAAGAGUGGGCGCGCUUUUGAAAUCGAAGCUUUUUCACUUGGAGAGGGAGGUAAUUUGCUGCAUUUUUGAUACUUCCCCGAUGCAAAAGGAUAGGUUUUUGGUCAAUGGACCAGGUCCGCCACUGUAAAUUAAAUAUCCAUUUCAGGCAUAUCCCUCUCUCACCGAUUUUGUUGAGAACAGUAAAGCGGUUGUUGUUGUUAUAAUUGUCACCCAUUGCGUGGCUUACACCUGCGCCGGUGGACCGUUUCUGUUGCAUCCAAUCAGAAGUUCGCCGGAUCAAUCGAUUGAAAGGAUCCGCCUUCUUGAUCAACUACCGCAUUUCGGGGAGAAAGAGCCCUACAUUGGAUACAUCUGCGCUCCGAACAUCUUCCUAGCGCGGCUGUAUUGUGGUCUGGGUGCGGUGUUUUUGGUUUGCUGGGGAAUUUUCUGUUCGUUUCUACUGUUCCGAAUGUACUACAGGGUCUCGGUGAUUUUCCCAAAACAGGGCAUUAUGGAAAGCACACAAAAGAUGCAUAUGAUACUAUUCAAGGCAAGCGUAAAAUAUCGCGCUUUACUGUCGAGUAUUUUAAGGCUGUUGCGGUCCAACUGCUCGUGUUUCUUUUGUUCAUCCUCUUUCCAACCUCGCUUUUAAUGAUUGCGGUAGUUGCUCGCUGGAACGAAGGAACCACUCUUGCGGCCGGAUGCAUGCUGCUGGUGCAGAUGCACGGCUGUGUGGACUUUGUCACGAUGAUCUACUUCAUAACGCCGUAUCGAAAGAAACUGUUGGAGAUUGUCGGAAGGGCGUCGAGUAAGCGCCUUCAUGCGGUCAGCAGUGUCAUCCACACACACAAUAUUUUUACCGCGGAGCCGCCGAGAGGAUGA